GCCGUGUUCCCCAGUUCUUUGUAGUAUUUUUAGCUCAGUUGGCACUGGCAAGGUGCAGACGAGAACAGCCCAGGCCAGAUAAGAAGCGUAUAAAAGGGAUCUGUGAACCACCAGCAUUUGCCUGACCUUGGCAGACCGCAGCGAGACAGGGACACAUAGCAACUAGGGAGGGGGAGUGAUCCUGUGAAAUGCUGAGUGUCCUCAGUGCCACCUGGUCUCAAUGAGAGACCUUCACAGUUACUCCACCGAACUGCCAUCUGGACAAAUGAAGAUGGACUGCAACUCUGGCAAGUCAUUCAAACCCCAGGGUGUCAAACUGAGCAAAUCUAUGUCCACCAUUUGCUCUUCCUCAAGUAAUGCCAACUGCCAUGAAAGCCACCCCAUCCAAGGCCCUGCGAGGCAAGCUCAGGGUAGGAACCACAGUGAAAAACUGUCCCCGUCCCCAGAUAUCAUGUCAGCUGCCGCUAGAGAGAGUCAAAUGUCAGACUUCUAUAAUGGCAAUGUGGCCCUGGGGUGCCCCUCUGACGCCUCGGAGAAGCUCCACCAAAGGGUUGCCAAGGAGAGCAGAUGGAAUGGGGAGACCACUCCGAAGGAAAUCAUGGCAACAAAGAGAAUAGCCAAUGCCCCCAUGGAUUCUCCCAUCAAGCGUACUUUCCUGUUUGGGGAAAACAAAAUUGACAACGGCAGCAAGAUGACCCUGAAGAAGUCUACCAUCCAUAAGCCGCCUGAGAAGGGUUGUUCUCCGCUAGCUGUUUCCAGAGAAGGGCCAGAUGGCUUGAGAGGAGAGACACAGGCAUGGUCCAGCGUGACCCAGAGAAAGAAAAGGCGAGACCUUUUCCCAGACUCAAAGGUUUUCAGCCACAUAGACGCUCAUGUUCUGCAUGUGAGCAAGCAGAUAAAAUCAAAGCCGGCUUUGCCGUCAGUCCAGACCAUUGUUCAGCUGAUUACUGAUGAGGCCCAAAGCAAACUGGAGACCGUGCGAGCAAUAUGGAUGUGGCUGUGUCACAAUAUCCGAUAUGAUGUGGAUGGCUUCUUAGGGUUAUCUCAGAAGAUCCAUACCCCAGAACAGGUCCGGCAAACUGGAAGAGGCGUGUGCUCCGGUUAUGCCCAUUUAUGCCGAGAAAUGUGCAGGGAGGCAGGUGUGAGCUGCAUUGAAGUGUCGGGCUACGGGAGAGGUACCGGAUACCAGCAAGGGCAAAAUUGCCAACAAAAGAAAUCCAACCACAUGUGGAAUGCAGUUCAGCUGGAAGGACAGUGGUACCUGCUGGAUGCAUGCUGGGGUGCAGGCACUGUGGAUGUAGAGAAGAGAUUGUUUAUACCCAGGUAUGACGACUUCUUCUUUCUAACCGACCCUGAGCAUUUCAUUGAGACCCACUGGCCUGAUGAGCCAGAAUGGCAGCUUGUGCAGCCGCGUGUCUCGCUGGAAGACUUUGAACAGAGAGUUUUUAAAACGUCGGAGUUUUUUAAACUGCAGCUCUCCCUUCUUUCUCCAAACCACUCUCUUCUCAAAACAGAACACGGGGAAGCAACAGUGUCUCUGAGGAGCACACAUCCAGCAGAAUUUAGCUACCAUCUCUCCAAGCUCUGUGGCAAAGUUAGCAAAGAAGCUUUAGGCACGACUCAUGGGAUGCUGACAGUGUCUGAGAAGAGCAUGACUCUCAAAGUUCUCCCCCCUACGGAGGGCUUGUUUGAGCUGAUGAUCUUCGCACGGACAGCGGACACUCAGAACCCCUAUAGCUGGGUGUGUUCCUAUCAGAUCAAGUGCCUGGAGUCACACAAGAAAGAACUGCCUGAAAACCCCUUUCAUUUCUGGGGCCUCCAUCCGAAGGGGAAAGACUUUGGGAUCGAGGAGAGCAACUGCGGCGAGGACCUGAUUGUUGUUGCAACAGGAACUUUGCUGUUGACGCUACAGACAUCUAGACCCUUGCUGGCCAUGUACCAGCUGGUGAAUAAAGAUCUAGACACCUCCCUGAGCAUGAAGUGCCUGGCCUCUCAAGCAGAGGAGGAGAAGCUGAGUUGCCAUGUGCUGUGUCCUUUUCUGGGUUACUACAGACUCUCUGUGUUUGUGAAAGAUUUAGGAGGUGACCUGUUCAAAAACGCAGCCAACUUCCUCAUUCGUUGCUCUGGUCCCAUCAACCAGAACGAGCUCUUCCCAUCUGGCCUCAGCAUGCACUGUGGGACAGGGAUCAGCACUGGCUGUAGGGGCUUUUCUAACCCCAGCCACCCUGCCCCCAUCAUCAACACCAACCAGGGUAAGUGCAACAUCACGUUCCACACCCGGUCGGACACCGAAGUGGCCGCCAUCCUGAGUAAGGACAAAGUCACCAACACCAAGUACCCCAUGGAGAGAUACGUCCUGCUCACCCAUCUGGGAAACAAGGUCAGUGUCUGUAUCCUGCUUCCUGAAUCAGGCCUCUACAAAGUGGGGCUCUUCAGCAGGAACAAGGACCACAAGGAUUUUGCUCACGUCUGUGACUACGUUGUCCGCUGCUUUUCCGAACCACGGUGUCUUCCGUUCCCCCGAGUGUACAGCACGUGGAGGAAAGGCUGCAUCUUGCUACAGCCCAGGACGGGAGUGCUCCAGGAACGAAGCUGGAUCAAGUUCAGAGUCAAGCUGCCAAAAGCCUAUAGAGCUCUCGUGGUCGGGCAAUCCAGGACUGAACUGCAGCCAACUUGCAGCAAGAUCUGGGAGGGGGAGGUGUACACCGGGCUCGCUCGGACUGUGCUCAAGCUGGCAGUGAAGUUUAGUCAGCAUUCCACCAGCAUGGAUGUCAUCCUGUCAUUUGAUGUGGAAGGCAGCUCCCCCAGUUCAGAGGGGUCUUCAGGGUAAAUGAUCCAGAGAUACGGGGAAGCUGGAAAUGAUCAGGAGAGUGAUGGAAGCAAGCAAGAAGCUCUCAAAAUUGAGGUGCUCUGAUAAGAGACAUAAAUAAGUCCAAAGUACGAGCAUGUCAGGUGGAGGUGCAGAAUUGUACAUUGCACAUCAUUUCCUGCAAGAUAUCCUUAGAUGUCUAGAGAUGAUGCAGCAAUUUAAUCAGAACCAGAAUGCUGAAAACUCCUAAUAGUCUAUGUGUAUCGGGGGAAACUGUUGUUUGACACCUCUCCUGGAAGAUUGUUUAACUGCUUAUUAGCAGAUUGAAUAAUUGUUCAGCAUGUUUUAGUUGACAUUUCUUCAAGAUCUUGUGAAUUAACAGGGUUUUCUUCCUCCUCAGAGCAAAAACAAAAAACCUGGAGCCAAAAGCAUCAGGUGGUAGCAAUAUUUUUAAAAACAUAAAUAUAUAUAAAGGAAGUUAAUCAUUUCCUGAUGGAGUCCAUGCUAGCGAGGGAGAAUGUGUGUCAUUUUUAACUGCCGCUUUAAAAUUUCUCCCAGGAUCUGAAGAAUGGAGUCUACGAGUCCUUCACUAGCCAGCUUGAUGCGUAAGUGCACUGUACAUGUGUGUGCUGAGGAUCUGGAGUGAGAGCUGGGAGUGGGUAUAGCCGGCAGGAAAGCAGUUCCUUGGCCUAGAUACACCAUAUAAAUAAUAGAAAAGCCUGGUCAGAGAAGCAAUUAUAACCUGACACAUGCUAAAAGGCAGCCUUGUAGCAGAGAUAAGAACACUGCAUGGGCAGCUUGCUACAUAUAACAGCAUGGAUUCUACUAGUCAUAUAUUCUUCCAGAACGUGUGUAUAAUUUAUAAACACACGGACACAAAGAGUAAUUACAUUGCCAACCACCAAAAUGCAGCCACCUCUGGGGUGGUGCUAGACAACUGAAUGUUGCACAGCAAUAUUAUGUGACAGUUUAGGAUAGGAAGAGCUGGCAACUAUCUCCAACUGCACUGCCAAAAGGAAUCUUUACAACAGGGUUUAGCUCAGCAUUUCCACCUUGUUUGGAACAUAGGAACUGCCCCUCUUUUAGAAGCUGCUGUCAUUGCUGGGGGACUAGAGAGGGCAAGAGCAAAGAAGUGGGUAUCUGUACAACAUCCAGCGAAACCAUCUCCACACCCGCUCCACACUGAUGUUUUAAAUGGAAAUUCUGGCUGCAAUACCUUUGAAUGAGGUCUAGGGUUAUUUUUGGAUGCUUUUAAAGAAACAGACAGGGGGCACUGUCCACUGUUAUUCAGAAGCAGCCUAUUGUGUUUGAUUUACUGAAGAAGUUGGAUAAAAAUGGCUUUUAUUUAACUUCAGCCGGGUUUUCCAGGGCAUGGAAAAUAAUCAAACAUCUGAGCUGCUACACUGGUGAAGGCCAAGGGCCCCAAUUUACGGGAGCUGAAGAACUAGUUGGGAAAGUACAAAAGUCCUGGAAUAACAGGGAGAAAAUCCUGCCAAGGAACAUGAUACAAGGAUAAUUGUGAACCGAGAUGGAUCUGCCUGGGAAGCGUACACAUUGCCAACAGGCUAGAAGCACAGAGCACCUGGCAAGGAGGGAGCUGUGGCUGUGAUUACAAGUAUCUGUCAAUAAAGUGUGUCUCCCAAGAUGCACCUGGGCAUUUGUUACACAUUUAGGUUUCUUUUUCAAAAAGAUGAGGAUCAAGGACAGACACUGCUCACACUUACACACAAUCCCACUGACUCUCAGUUCAGUGGGCUUGUAGGGAUAGACUGAGAACAGAACUGGGUCCAGUGUGCUAAAGAUUUAGCUCAAGGAAGGUAGGAAACCAUGUUCCCCAAAAGGGAGAACAGUCAGAGUACCACAAAUACAGGACAGCCUAUAAAUAACUGGGUAGGGGAGUGAAUCAUCAGUGGAAAUGGGAAUGUUUGAGACCGUGAUGGUUUCUCAACAGGUGCAUCCUCUCAAGAAGAUCUUCCUUUUCCUUUUGUUUUGAAACAAUGGACCAGAUUCUCAGCUGGCGUAAAUGCAUUGAAGUCCGAACCGGGCAGUACUGCCUAGGGGCAAUACUCUGGGCUGGGUCAGCCGGUGGCGAGAGUCAAUGGCUGGGGGUAGGGAAGUCUGGGCCCUUCCUGCUCCACCGGGUUCCAAGCCAGGGCCCAAUAAAUAGUACUUCAAACCAUGCAGCCUAUGGGAUGGGCACCCCUACGCCUGCUCCCUGGGCUACUUCCUACCCUGACUUCGGUUCCUCUGGGGGUGCCACUGUUUUACUCCUGAGUCCUCUCUGGUCACACUCCAGAGGGGCUUCCUCUCCCAGUCACAGGUCCUCGUCAUUGACCUCCACAGCUGAAGGGCCUGCAGCAGCUUGGCAGUAGCACCUGAUCCCGGCUGCAUGGGGCCUUAGUGGCUUCCUGGCAGGAGCCUGCACUACACAACUACUCUCCUGCUCCGUCCACCUAGACUGAACUGAACUGCUCCCUUUUGAGCUCAGCCUCCACUGUGAGCAUGACCAGCAGGGGCAGCUGGGCAAGGUUUUCUAGGCCCAGAGCUGCUCCUAACCCUUCACAGCACACCUUGAUUAAACUGAACAGGACGGUGCCACUUUAUACCAGCUGUGGAUCAGGGCCAAUAUUUCCCCUCUUCCCCCCAAAAAAUCAAUUGAAGAGGGAAAGGAGCUGCCCAGCAGGCCAGACAAGGUGAUCAUAAAGGUCCCUAAAAAUCUAUGAGUCACCAAGGAAAUUUGGUGUGUGUCAUUUUCAUGCACCAGGAAAUUUGGUGUGUGUCAUGGUCAUGCACUCCUCUGUCUAAAGGAGAUCUGUCAUCUCCUUUGUGCACCAAACCUAUAUGGUAUUACCCUUCACAUGUAAGGCUCUCCCUUCUGCUCAGAUCCCUUUUUGUGGGAGUCACUUGCCUGAAAUGUCACCAUUUAUUCCAAUGGUCUCUCUCACAAAGAUUAUUUUAAAGCGUUAAAGUGCUUAAAAUUGGAUGGUUAGAGGGGAGGACAGAACUGGACCAAAAGAGCAACAGAAAAAGGGGUAUCUAGCCAGAAAAAGAAAUGAUCUCAUCGGCUCCAAUCCUGCAAGCAGAUCUACACAGGCAGAGAUGGCUCAAGAGGCAACAUAGCCUAGAGCUCAGAGUACCGCCCUGUGAGUCAAGUAGGCUGGGUUCUAGAUCCAGCUCUCCCAUUUAACUGGUGCGUGACCUGGGGCAAGUCCCUUCAUCUUCCUGUGCCUCUGUUUUCCCUCCCCCUUUUGUCUUGUCAAUUUCGUAGACUUUAAGGCCAAAAGGGACCAUUAGAUCAUUUAACCUGACCUCCCAUAGAGCACAAGCCAUUCCAUUUCACCCAGGCAGCCCAGCAUUGAGCUCAAUCACUGGUAGGUUUGACUAAAGCACGUCUUGGGGUUGGCUAAAGCGCAUCUUCCAGAAAGACAUCCAGUCGCCAUAGAUGGGGAAUUCGCCACUUCCUGUGGUAGUCUGUUUCAGAGGUGAUUCACCCUCACUGUUAAAAAGGUGUGCUAAUUUCUAGUUUGAAUUUGUCUGGCUUCAGCUUCCAGCCAUUAGUUCUUGUGCUGCCUUUCUCUGCUUGACUAGAGAGCUCUUUCGUGCCUGGUAUUUUCUCCCUGUGAAGGUACUUUGACACUGUAAUCAAGCCAUUUUUCAAGCUUCUUUUUGAUAAACCAAACACACUGAGCGCAAAGUCUCUCACUAAAAAACCUUUUCUCUAACCCUCCGGUCAUUUUUGUGGCUCUUUUCUGUACCCUCUCCAAUUUUUCAAUGUCCUCUUUAAAAUGUGGACACUGAAAAUGUACACAGUAUUUGUGAUGUUGGCAGACCAGGUGCCAGCUCAUGCUUAGGCCCCUAGGCCUCUGAACCCUGACAAAAGCAUAGCUGGAAACCAGACUGGCUCACCCGUGUGUUAGUGUUGUUAAAAUGGUAUUUGAUUUAUAAAAAAUGUGUUUAAACUUUAUGAAAUGCUUGUAAGUUGCUGCAUGCAUUAAUCUCAUUUAUAGUCUUUGUACCCCAUGUUAUAAGGUACUAUUUAAAUGUUUUCUCUAUAACUAUCAAAGUGUUUGUAAUGAAACUGGAAAUCCCUGCAGUCUUGAGAGAAGCAUUACCAAGUUUGAAAUAUUAGUUUACCACAAGAGAUGUCAUCUCCUGCCCAACAAAAGAAAGCCUAUAGACAUCAGACAAGCCACUGUGGACCAUCAGUGGACAAAAGACUAUGUUGAUUGCUCCCUCCACAUCCAUGAAGAGGAGACAUGCACAAACGCUCAUCCCAUCAGCUUGAGCUCUGGGGAAAGCGAAUAAAAAUCCCGGUCAAGAAGAAAUGUUUAUUCUUGUGCUGCUUGGACUUCAGGGAGAGGGCAAGACUUCUAAGCAUAAGCAAGGGAUCCCCAGCUGUUUAGCUUGGGUAAGCCCUAAAGGACUCUCUCAGCUUGCACCUUACAGCAGCUUCGAUCGUUUUUUGGAAUCUAAGGCCUUGUCUACACUGCAGAGUUGCGUCCCCAAAAGGCAGCUUUGGACACACUACAGUGCCACUUUGGGCGACAAAACUCAUCAGUUUCAACGACAAAAUAAAACCUUCUUGACGAGAGGCAUAAGGCUUCUUGCGUCAAAGUUAAAACAACAAAGUCUCAGUGUAGACAUUCUCGUUCGUUAUGUCACAAGAACUGGCCUCCCCCAGUAUCCCAAAAUGCCUGCCCUGACCCUUCCGCGAACUGUUUUGAACUCAGCAGCCCUGCGCCCCUCCCCUUUCAAAGCUCCAUGAGGACAGCUGAGCAUGCUGCUCGACUCCAAGCAGCCAGGAGCAAACCACUUACAUGGAACGCUCCUGCUCUCUCCCACGCUAGGAACAGAGGCAGGCAGGGACAGAUGUGUGUGUGAGAAAGAGAGACUGCUGUGCUGUGCAGAGCCAGGGGCUGAUGCCAGGGGUGUCCCCCUCCCCCAGGACUGGUUGCUUCCGGCAGCUGUCUGAACUUACAAGACAGCGUGUCGACACACUCACGCUCUUACAACACAGACGCCCCCAACACACACUGUCUCUCACAUACACCCUCCCGCUCUCUCACACACUGCCCCAACAUACACGGUCUCCCCUGCACACACCCAUACACACUCCCUGUCACGCACACUCCUCCCCAUCUCAUCCCUCGCACGUUUCAGUUGAAAAGCGGCUGGCAGUCUAGUAGGAUGCCCAUGGAACAAGGGGAUUGACACACUUGCAUCAUGUGAUGCCGCACCUGCCCCAUGAGGCAUUGCAAACCCCUCCCAAAUCUCCCUGCGGCCAGUUGCACAGUGCACCGCUCUCUGUGUCGAUGCAAGAGCUCCUAGUGUGGACGCGCUCCGCCGGCCCAAGGAGCAUAGUGUGGACUUGCAACAGCGCUUUAAUUAAAAUGGCAUAACUUUUGGUGACAAAACUCUGCAGUGUAGACAUACACACACAAAUGUUACAGUUUUAGGCUAUGUUGACCUGCUUUAACCUUGUAAAUAACUCUUAUUUCU